AUGUUAUUCACUUUAUCCAUUCUUUCCACAUUAUUGUUCAGUACUUCAAUUUCUGCCAUUGAAAUCACUCAAAAUAGAGUUGAUCACGGUACAAUUACCACCAGUAUUGGUGAUAUCACCAUUGAUUCCGGUGCUUAUUGGUCAAUCAUUGAUAAUUCAAUCUCAACAUUUAUUGGUAAUUUAGAUAUUAAAUCUAAUGCUGGAUUAUAUAUUUCCCUGACAAUUCUGAAUUUACCACUUUUAGUUCUUUUAAAUUCUGGUUCUGCUUCUAUUACUAAUGAUGGGAUUGUUUCUUUAGAUGCUCGUACUUCAACUCAAGGUUCUUCUCAAUUUAAUUUAGUUGGUGGUUCAUUUGAAAAUAAUGGAGAAUUUUAUCUUGCUGCUUCAGGAGCCAUUCCUAUGACUAUGGGACUUACAGGUAAAAGUUGGAAUAAUAAUGGAUUAAUUGUUGCUUAUCAAAAUGAAAGAAGUUCUGGUUCUGUUAAAUUUGGAGUCAUUGGUCAAACUAUUACUAAUAAAGGACAAAUUUGUUUAACUAAUCAAGUAUAUCAACAAACUAGUAAAAUUGAUGGAUCUGGUUGUGUUACUGCUAAAAAAAAUGCUAGUAUUUAUAUUUCAAAUGUUCUUGAUCCGCAAUCAGUUUCUACUGAACAAAAUUAUUUUUUGGCUGAUGACAAAUCUUCAAUCAUAACUCAAGCCGUUGGAUUUAAUACUCAAGUUAUCAAUGUUUUCGGAUUUGGUAAUGGUAAUAAAAUCGGUUUAACUUUACCAUUAAAAAGUGGUAAUGGUGGUCAAGCUUAUAGUUAUGAUUCCGAUUCUGGUGUUUUAUCUUUAUCAAGUGGUUUGUUUGGACAAAAAUUUAAUAUUGGUCCUGGUUAUGAUUCUAAAUUGUUUAGUAUUGUCACUGAUAAUAGUGAAGGUAUCCCAUCAGUUAAUAAUGGUGCUGUUUCUUAUUCUGGUCCUGUUCCAAGUCAAAAAUCAUUACCUUCGGCUUGUAAUGUUGAAUGUAAACCAGUUCCUAAUGCACCAGAUGAUGGCUCUUCUUCUAGUAGUUCUGUUGUUUCUUCUACUACCAGUACUGCCAGUACUGAUUCAGCUUCAUUGUCAUCAACAAGUGGUGAAGAAUCUUCAGCUUCAACAACAACAACUGAAUCCAGUGAAACUUCAAACACCUCAUCAAAUGCAUCUGAAACAAAUGGAUCUUCUACAGAAUCUGAAACUACUGGAUCUGCUACAACUUCUGAAGCUUCAGAAACAAUAAAUUCAUCUGAAUCAUCUGAAACUUCAGGGGCAUCUGAGACUUCUCAGUCUACUGGAACUAGUGAAUCAAGUGAAACUGAAUCAAGUGUUACUGAAUCAAGUGAAACGGAUAGUAUUACUGCUACUACUUCUGAUACUACCUCUAGUGGUAAUGAUAAUUCAUCGGUUACUUCCAGUUCAGACGCUUCUACUGAUUCCAUCACUUCAGAAACAGCUUCAUCUUCAUCAACCCCAUUAUCUGGUGAUUCAUCUCAAGUAUCUUCUUUGACAACUGGAACAUCACCAGAUACCAUUGCCAGUUUCCAAACCGACUCUACUUCUUUUGGCUUUGGCUCUGGCUCUCCUUCUUCUGGUGCUGUCCAAUCUUCUGGUGUUACCAAUAGUACACCAAAUACUGGUGAUGUUAAUACUCAAUCUAAUACUGCUAAUAUCGCUACAUCUGAUAAUACUGCUACAUCUACCGCUUCUAAUGAUACUGGUGUUAAUACAGCUACAGCUACAACUACUGGUACUGGUACUGGUCCUGACAACAACAACAACAACAAUAACAACAAUAACAACAAUAACAACAAUAACAACAAUAACAACAAUAACAACAAUAACAACACUAACAACAGUGGUGUUUCUGCAGCUGAUUCUAAAGCAAGUGGUGAUAUUUCUACUGUGACAGCUUCAAGUACUACUUUAAUUUCCGUGGCAUCAGUAUCAUCAACAUAUCCUAUUGCUAAUGAAUCAAGUUCACCUUCUUCUUCUUCUUCUUCUUCUUCUUCUUCUUCUGGUACUCCUGGUGAAGUGAUUCCAAAUGCUAAUGGAUCUUCUAAAUUAUCAAUUGGUAUGACAUUCAUGAUUAGUGGAUUUGCUACAAUGUUUGCUUUAUUCAUGUAA